UCGACAGAAAGCAGUUCACUUGUGAGAAUGUUCAGCUCGUUAGCGAAAUACUAUCGGAUAGCUUUCGAGGAUUGGGCUGAUCCAAGGGUAGAAAACUUUUUGUUUAUGAAAUCCCCGUUUCCCGUUAUCGCAAUACUAGUAUUUUAUAUGUAUUUUGUCUUCAAGUUAGGACCAAAGUUAAUGAAAAAUCGACGUCCGUUUAAAAUCAACAGAAUUCUAGUCAUUUAUAAUGCGAUACAAAUAAUUCUGUGUAUUUGGUUGCUGUACAGGAACGCCACAACUGUCCUUUGGAAGCACAACUUGUUAUGCCAGCCAAUUGACUACUCAAAAUCCGAGCUUGGUCUAACUUCCGUCAAUAUGGUUUGGUCUUAUUUUAUGAUGAAGAUAAUCGAUUUACUUGACACCGUAUUUUUUGUACUGCGAAAGAAAUACAGUCAGGUUACAUUUUUACACGUAUACCACCAUGCAGGAAUGUGUUUACUUGGAUGGAUGGGAACUAAAUAUGUAGCAGGAGGACAUGGCUGUUUAUUGGGACUGAUUAAUACCACUGUGCACGUUAUUAUGUACUUCUAUUAUUUAUUAACAGCUUGGGACAAGAAAUAUAAGGACAACAUCUGGUGGAAGAAACAUAUAACGCAAUUGCAAAUUGUACAAUUUUUAGUAGUAACCGUUCACCUUAUGCUGGUGCUGUUUCAACCGACAUGCGAUUAUCCCAGGUGGAUCGUAUACAGCUUGUUACCCCAAAAUGCAUUAAUGUUGAUACUGUUUUCAAAUUUUUACAUAAAGGCUUACAUAAUCAAGGAGAAUAGGAAUCCAAGCAACAACGUUGAUAGGAAGACUAAUUAGUUUGUAUUCAUAUUUCAGUGUCGCUUUUUAAUUCGUACCUGGCCAUUACCACUCAUGUUCCACUUCUAUUUAUUGUAUCGUUGUGGUCCAGAAAAACCUUGUGUAUGAAUUAAAACAUUCGUUACAA